AUGGCUAUGGUCCAAGGCCACUGCGACCCUCGCUUCGAACCUGUCAAGCAACUGCUCGCGGAGAAAAUCGCCAAUGGCGAAGAGCUGGGCGCCUCGCUCGUGCUCAACAUCGGCGGCAAGGAUGUGGUCGACAUCUGGGGGGGAUACUUUGACGAAGCCAAGACGAAGCCCUGGGAGUCGGACACCAUCACCAACGUGUGGUCGUCGACCAAGACGAUCGCGACCUUUGCGUGCCUGGUCGCCCACGAGCGCGGCCUGCUCAACGUCGAUGACCCCGUGGCCAAGUACUGGCCCGAGUUCGGCGCAAAGGGCAAGGAGGGAGUCCUGGUCCGCCACCUCAUGUCCCACACGGCCGGCGUCGCGGGCUGGGACGACAAAAUCACCGCCGAGGAGAUCUGUGACGUGCCCAGCGCGACAGCGCGUCUGGCCGAGCAAGCGCCCUGGUGGGAACCAGGCACGGCCAGCGGCUACCACUCAGUCUCCAUGGGCCACCUGCUAGGCGAGGUGAUCCGGCGCUCGACGGGAAAGCCCAUGAAGCAGUUCGUGGCCGAGGAGAUAGCGGGGCCUCUGGGCGCAGACAUGCAGAUCGGGGCCGCCGAGAAGGACUGGCCGCGCGUGUCGCCCGUGACGCCUCCACCGCCCAUGGCCUUUGACUUUGCAAAGAUGGACCCCAACAGCCCGACGGUCAAGGCGUUCAGCAACCCGCCGAUGGACGCGCGAGUCGCAUUGGAACCCUACUGGCGCCGCGCCGACAUGGCGGCCGUCAACGGGCACACCAACGCGCGCUCCCUGAAUCGCAUCCUCCGCGCCAUCCCCAACGGCGGCACCGUCGACGGCGUCAAGCUCCUCUCCCCGGAGACCGUCGAGCUGAUUUUCCGCGAACAGGCCAACGGCACUGAUCUGGUCAUCGGCAUGCCCCUGCGCUUCGGCAUCGGAUACGGUCUCGGCGGCGGCUGCACGGCACAGACCGUACCCUGGCUGCCGACGGAGAAGAUGUGCUUCUGGGGCGGAUGGGGCGGCAGCCUGGAGAUCAUGGACUGUCAUCGCAACGUCACCUUUACGUAUGUCAUGAACAAGAUGGGCGAGGGCAUUUUGGGCAACAGUCGCUCCAAGGAGUUUACCGAGCUGGUGUGGAAGAUUCUGAAAGAGCAGGAGGAGGCUUGA